UAUUUGACUCUAUAUUAACAGUAUGCAUCAUCCACACUCUCUUUACCUUUAACAACACCAUCAUAUCCUCUUGUCUUGUGUGCACUUUUUUAAUAUAUCCUUUUAUUUUUAUUUUUGUGGUAAAAUUUCAUUCAAUUCAAUCAUGCUAGAAGGCAAGGCAGUGAUUGGUGAGACGGACAUGCUUCAAACUAUGCAGCAAGAUGCUCUUGAUUUAGCAUCCAAAGCACUAGAUUUCUACGAUAUAACUGAGGCUAUUGAGAUAGCUCGAUUUAUUAAGAAGGAAUUCGAUAGGGUACAUGGACCUGGUUGGCAAUGCAUUGUAGGCACUGAUUUUGGUUCCUUUGUGACACAUUGCUGUGGCUGUUUCAUCUAUUUCUGCAUUGGUAGCUUGGCAAUUUUGCUUUUUAAGGGCUCUGCUGGUCCACAAGCGGAGGAAAAUCAGUUUUCAGUUGUAGGGGCAACAAAAGCAUAAAUUAAUUUCCUUAUUAUUUGUUUAUUUUAAUUGUAAUAGAAGUGUUGAGAGAAUUGGAAAUGGUUUGACAACCUAAUCACAGUAUUUUUUUUUCAUACUAAUUGGGAGUUGGAUUUUGAAGGAUUAAUUGUAAGAUUUAUGGGUCACAUAUGUAAUUAAUUAAUAAAGUGUGUUAGGGUCA